AGAAAUGACUAAAUACAAAAAGUGAGCCGUGGGUCCAAAAAAUUUUAUAAAAAAAAAAAAUGUGACAAAGCGGCAACUGCUUCGUGCCUUUUUGAAUUUUUAAUGCAUUACUAGCCUUAUGUAGUGCUUGCUAAUGAUGAGAAAGAAAUGUAAAAAUAUUAAAUUUAUUGGAACUAUGAAGCACUAUGAAAAUCAAAGUAAAGUGCUAUGAAGAAUCAAAAAGAGGGUGAAUCAUUAGUCAUCUGUUUUUUUAUUUUGGGCGUAAAAACAUUUCUUGUGCUACCAGUCUAUUAAAGUUGUAGGUCAUAUCACACUCAUCACAGGUAAAAAUCAUUUUUGAAGUAUGUCAUAUUUUGAUAGUUUUUAAUGUCAAUUUUUUGACAAUCUAAAUCAAAUCUGGAAGUUUGUCUUUGCUAGUUUGCUUGUUUCUUUUUACUAUAAAAUAAUAUAUUGAUUCGGAAAGAAGUGGUAAUUUUUAUUUAACAUCUGCUAAGUAUUGUUAAAAAUAAAUAUGGCAUCAGAAGCAGCGAAAGCACAGAAAAAGCAAGAAAAAAUUAUUGGAGAUUUUCAGAUAUUAAGAAAUGAACAAAGAAAUUUAGCAAGCAAACUAACAACUUUGGAAAUGGAUUUAAAGGAGCACAAAACUGUGAUAGAAACAUUAAAAACCGUGGAUGAAGAUAGGAAAUGUUUUCGCCUAAUUGGUGGAGUACUAUGUGAAAGGAAAGUUAAAGAUGUUCUGCCACAGUUAAUUGAAAACAGAGAUAAUCUGGAAAAAACUCUUGAAAUUGUUACGGAUCAAUUACAUAAAAAAGGUAUAGAACUCAAUAAUUUCAAAAAAGAACACAAUAUAAAAAUUAGGGGGCAAGAACCUACAGCAAAUGAGGAAAGUGAAUCGAAAGAUAAAACUGAAGAAACGAGUGAAAUAAGCCGAAAUGUUUUAGUUUCAAAUUGAUCUAUGAUACAUAUAAUGAAGAUUUAAUAUGGCAUUUGCAACAACUACAUAUAAUUUUUUUUUUGUUAAUUUUAUAAGUGCAGAAAUGCGUUACUCUUUAAUCGACUUAUUAUUUAACAACUAAAUUUUGGACAAAAACAUUAUAAACAC